AGCGAGGACAAAAUAAAAUGAAGCGCUCCUGCCCUAAAAUGAAAUGUUAUUAAAUGUGUACAGAUGUAUGAAACGCAGCUCUAUACACUAUAUGAAAGUAAUACUUUACUACAUAAAAGUAGAUUACUGCGUGUAUUUUCGUUUGUUCGCCGUUAGUUGACCGUUGGAAACACGUUUAUCAGUCAGACUUUUAUGUUAAAGGUUGUAACCGGACGUGUUUUGAGUUUGUGGAGAAACGUUUGACUUUACUCACGUUGUUUCCAGUGCUGUCGAUUCUGCAGAUUCAGGAGGAAACCACACAGCAGAGAGAUGUGGUGGGUGCUGUGGGUGCUUGCCGCCUUGCUGGCUCUCUUCUGCAGUCUGGAUGUGUGGUACUUCCUGCGGGUGGCUGCGGUGGUCCUCCGGGCCUGGUUCCAGCCUCCAGUCUGGGAUGUCACAGCGGAGCAGAUCCUAACAGGCCUGGUCACUCCCCACGACAUCGACAUGUGCCACAUGAACAACGCUCGUUACCUGCGCGAGUGUGACUUUGCCCGGUUCUCUCUCUACACGCGUAACGGUGUGUUCAAGGCCUUGCGAGCCCUCGGAGCUUCCAUGGUAGUCGGGGCUACCACCAUCCGUUACCGCAGGGCUCUGUGUAUAGGUGAGGGUUACGAGCUGCGGAGUCGGAUCGUCACAUGGGAUGACAAAGCCUUUUUCCUGGAGCAGAGAUUUGUGUCUACAAAAGAUGGGUUGGUCUGUGCCGUCAUGUACUGCAAGCAGAGCGUCAUACGCAGCAGCCCGGACAAGAUCAUGCAGCACCUGUGUAAGCGGAAGGUGGAGUGCCCUGAGUUUCCAGAGGACCUUCAGCACUGGGUCAGCUUCAUCUCUGCCAGCAGCCAGGCCCUCAGGGCAGAGAGUGGACUAGAGGAGAAGAACAAAUAAGGCUGGACAUGGCACAGGCAGUUAUAAAGACUGGCUUUUUGUUUAGCCAGCCAAUUAACCUGCCCAUGAAUCAAAGUCGCCUGAGAGAGAAUUUUCUCUGCUGUUGUCUCUCUUCAGUGAUGACAUUUACUUGACUUAAACACACUCGUGCCUACAAUUCUGAAAACAAGCUUUACUUAGAUCCCAAUACAUGUGAAACACUGGCGUAACCAGCAAACCAUGUUGUUUAGAGAAGCUGAAAAGCAGGGUUAAUGAUCCUCAUUUACCUAUACGGUAGAAAAGUAAUAUGAUUGUAUAAAGUGUAUGGUCUUGCACUAUGGCAGCAAUAAAACAAAUUAGUUUUGAA